AUGCUCUCAACUGCCCCCGGCGACCCCUGUGUUCCGACUCCGUCACCGGUGCUUGUCCCCCCGGAUCGGCGACCGGAAUCAACGAACGAUUCUAGGGACCCCCUUUCCCGAUCCCAACAAACAAUGAAUGCUCUAGGGACUGGCGCCGCGGACAUGAUCCUCGAUGUGACUGCGGAUCAGUCCCACCAAUCGCCACAAGGCUUGACUGAGAAUGGUGAACAGAAUGUAGCAGGGAAGGACACGACGAUAGAGCCGGCAAAUACAGGGAGGCCUCAACAACCAUUCACCUAUGCCAACGCGGUGAUGGGAUGGAAACAACCUACCCCGACGCUAAUCCCGAUGAUCAAUUGGACCCUUGUAGGAGAACAUGACCUGAUCCCGGGUGAACGAAAUGGCGAGCCUGCUCUGAAUGUGUCAGCAGACUUCAAGAAUCGAAUCUGCGCCCCUUGGCAACGAACUCUGGUGGUCCGGCUGUUAGGUAUUCGGAUCGGCUUCUCCAUGAUCUGCUCUCGCCUAAGGGGAAUGUGGAAGCCGGUAGGAACGAUGGAAGUCAUGGAUCUAGAUCACGAUUGUUUUCUGGUAAAGUUGAGCAAUGAUCAGGACUACUUCCGCGCUCUGACAGAUGGUCCCUGGGUUAUUUUCGAUCACUAUUUGGUCGUACAUCAAUGGACUCCACAGUUCAAGGUUUCUGAUCCUCUCCCCAAAACAAUGAUUGUGUGGGUUCAGCGGCCAGCUUUGAAGGUACAUUUUUAUCAUAAGGAAGUGUUGACGACUCUAGGGAAUUUGAUCGGAAGAACAAUCAAAUUGGACUACCACACUCUCAACCGGCAACGUGCCAAGUUUGCCCGUAUAGCUGUUGAGGUGGAUCUAUCAAAACACCUGGUUCCCCGAAUUUGGCUAGACGAUGAGUGGCAAAAAGUGGAAUACGAAAAUCUUCCUGAAGUGUAUUUUGAGUCCGGCAAGAUCGGACACUCAUUGGCGACUUGCCCCAAGCUCUCACUGGCCACGAUGACCCCUACCCUACUCCUGAUCGGCAAUGACAAUAUGCCGGUUGCGCCGGCGACGACAAAACCAAACGCGGGCUUCGGGCCGUGGAUGAUGGUCACGCGUAAGAGCCGGCGGAAUCAAAGAGACUCACAUAAAAAAGGAAAGUCCGAGAAGGAUAUGGGGAUCUCGCAUGGAGCCGUUGCAAGUAAUUUGGGAAAGCGUUCUACUCGCGCAAAGGAAAGCGCAAAUGCCUUACUUAAACUGACAGCGCCUAGUGAUCCCCGCCAGCAACGGAUCUUUAACCAGGAUAGAAAAGGCACUAACGGGAGGAACGCGAGAGAUGAAGCGAGAAAAGGGAAAGGGAAAGUGGUUUCUGAGGAUGCAGCUGGCGGCAAGGGAAUAUUAGGAACAAGACCUGGGCGGGACCCCUCGAAUUCCAAUGGGCCAAAGCCCAGUAGUGACCCUCUAAAGGCCUCUCCCUCGACCAAAAGUUCAAACACACGACAAGGCCCAUUAAUAGACCAGCUCGCCAAGGAUACAUCGGAUCCUCUCGAAGCCCAUCUUUGUAGCCCCAUCCGCCAGAAUCCUCCACCUCCUCUCCAAACGGUGACCGGCCCAAAUGAAACGACGAUGCAGAUUGUGAUGCUGCCCCCUUCGGGGAACAAUAUCUGCGGCACCUCCCAACAAGCUUCACCGUCGACAGCGGCUAGAACUAAAAGAAAGAAGACCCAAAAAUCCCAUGAUCGGAAAUCGCCGGCAAAGCUUAAUCCCACGAAGCCUUUACAGAUUUGGACACCAACCAAGGAGCGGAAAGCGAAGACGAAAUCCAGGAUGGCGUCCCUAACUCUGCAGGAGAUCUCGGCAUGGACGAAUGCAGCUAAUUUGGCAAAACAGACGAGUGGAGCGAAGAACCCGGAGAUCCCAGUUGGCGAAGCUCCGACGGGGGCGAACACCCCUCCCACUUGA